AUGACUGUUGGCCUAGAAAACAAGAUUGUUCAGUGUGCCGAUGAUGCAAAAUUUUUGGGUGUAGUAAAGUCUCCACUUAUGAGAAAUGAAGCUGCCCUCAUCCUCAGUCGGGACUUUGACCGGGUCAGGGAAUGGUGUAGUCGGUUCAUGAGGAAGAGUUCCCAAAAACCAUCGAUCGUUUUUGGCCUUUCCAGCCAGCGAAAAUUGGGAAUUAAAAGGCGGAUUUCGUGCGCGUCCACUUGGUUCAUGGCGGCCGAAUUCGGUGACCCUGCGUCCGGGGAGUGUGGUAUGGAGCGCAAGCCGGAGCCACAGAGGCCACCCCCACCUCCUCCUCCUCCUCCUCCUCCUCCUCAUCCUCAUCCCCAUCUUCCUCCUCAUCCUCAUACUCAUCCCUCUCCUCCUCAUCCUCAUCCCCAUCUUCCUCCUCAUCCUCAUCCUCCUCCUCCUCCUCCUCCUCCUCCUCCUCCUCCUCCUCCCAGUAGCACCUCUCUCCUCCCCGCCAUCCAGAUGACGCCCAGAUGGUGCUACCGGCAACAAAGUGACCAGAUGAUGCUUAACAAAGCAGCAACAGUUGCAAGUGCAGCACAUGGAGAGCAGGCGAUUCUGGAGAAAGGGGGGAAUUGCUCUCAACUCCUUACUCCCCACUCCUUGCUCUCCAAUCCCUACUCCCCAUCCCCUUACUCCUUAUCCCGACCCCCUUCUCCUGACCCAUUACACACCACCUACUCCCCACUCCCUUCUCUCCCACCCUUUACUUCACUCCUCACUCUCCACUCCUCACUCUCCACUCCUUACUCCCCACUCCUUACUCCUCCACCUUCUACUCCCCAACUCCACACCCCAGCCCCACCUGCCCUAGAGCGAGGUAGAGCAAUCCAGGAAAUACGGAGAAAGGCUGGAAUUCCACAGCAGGAUCGUGCUGCAACGCGGUCACCUGACAACGGCUAUAAAGCAAUUGGACGCCGAGAGCCAUCCUGCGAGGAUGCAGCAGCGGGGCGAAUGAGCCAUCCCUGGACGGAAUCACUGAGAGGGAACAGCCAGCAGGGUAGGACAAUUGCACCGGCAGCAGAAACAAUGUUCCAGCCGUGUUAUUGCAUUAUAAAGCCACGUGAGAACACCGCCUGCAGGGACAAGGACGCGGAAUCCUUCAACUCGAAACUCCGCCAACGUGGCUGUCCCAUGUCACCGUCGGGAGUCGCCUGCGCCUUCCACAAGGUCUUCUACAUCGUCAUCAUCGUCCAGGUCUUUGAUUAG